AUGAGCCGGCAGUGCUACACGUCCAGCUCCCUCCUGGGGCGACGGGGCUUCUCGUCGGCCUCCGCCGUCUGCGGCCUCGGCAGGGGCAACGGCAGCUCGGCCUCCGUGUGCGCGCCGGCGGGGCGGCGCUGCGGCCUCGGCGGCUUCAGCAGCCGCAGCGUGUGCGACCUGGGCCGCGGGCAGCGCAUCUCCUUCGGCGGCAGCUGCCGGAGCGGCGCCUACGGCGGCGGCGGCGCGGGGCGCUGCGGCGUGGCGUACGGCGGCGGCCGCUUCGGCGUGGGCACCGUCGUGGGCUUCGGCAGCUGCGGAGGCUACGGAGGCUACAGGGGCCUCGGGGACGGCGUGGCCCUCGGGGGCUACGGCGGCGGCAUCGGCAUCGGCCUCGGCGGCGGCCGCUCCGAGGGCAUCCGCGGCGUGAGCAUCCACCCGGAGCUCCUCAAGCCGCUCUGCGUCGGGGUCGACCCGGAGGAGUGCCAGGUGCGCACCCACGAGAAGGAGCAGAUCAAGAACCUCAACAACCAGUUCGCCUGCUUCAUCGACAAGGUCAGACUGUUGGAGCAGCAGAACAAGGUGCUGACCACCAAGUGGGAGCUGCUGCAGCAAUACGUCCUCCCGGCUUCCCGGAGAAACCUGGAGCCGGUUUUCGAGAAUUUCAUCUGCAACCUGAGGAAGCAGCUGGAGUGUGUCCUGGGCGAGCGCGAGAGGCUGGAAAACGAGGAGCGGUGCCUGAGGGACCUGGUCCAGGAGUACAAGUGCAAGUAUGAAGAUGAGAUCAACAAGCGCACAGCUGCAGAGAACGAGUUUGUGGUGCUCAAGAAGGACGUGGACUGUCUGUACCUGACGAAGGAGGAGCUGGAGGUGAGGGUGGGCCUGCUGCGGCAGCAGCUCGAGUUCCUCAAGUGCAUUUAUGCUGAGGAGAGAGCUCAGCUGGACUGCCAACUGUGCGACACCUCUGUCAUUGUGCAAAUGGACAACAGCCGGGACCUGGACAUGGAAGGCAUCAUCAAAAGCGUGGAGUGCUGCUAUGAGGAAAUUGCCCAGAAGAGCAAGGCCGAAGUCGAGGCUUUCUAUCAAACCAGACUGGAGGAGCUCCACAGCAGCAGAGGCAAAUUCUGCGACGACCUGAGGAACAACCAGAGCGAGAUAGCCGAGCUGAACCGGAUGAUCCAGAAGCUGCAGUGCGAGUCGGACAACGUGAAGAAACAGAUUGCAGCUCUGCAGACGGCCAUCUGCGACGCAGAGCAGCGGGGCGACUGCGCCCUCAAGGAUGCCCGGCAGAAGCUGAUCGACCUGCAGACCGCCCUGCAGCAGGCCAAGGACAAAAUGGCAUGUUUGCUGAGGGACUACCAGGAGCUGCUCAACGUCAAGCUGGCUCUGGACAUCGAGAUAGCCACGUACAGGACACUGCUGGAGGGAGAAGAGAGCAGGUAG